UCGUGGCAGAGAGUCUCUUCCCAAACUCUCUCCCCACAGCUUUCGAGCCCAGGCUGUGCCUGGGUUUUCUGGACCCUUUCCCCACCCACCUAUGUGCCCUCUGGGUGCCCUUGGCUUGCUUCCGGAGCUCACCCGGGGCAUCUGUGCCCCAGCUGAGGGUCCAUGGGCUUCUUGCCAAAGAUCUCCCUCCGAUGGCUGAGAAAGGGGCGGAAAAAAAGCAAGAGCCGGCGCAGGAAGAAGAAACCGCUUCCGCAGGUGGCAGAGGACAGCCUGGGACGGGCGACGGUCCGUAGCAUGGGGGGCUUCGCCCUGGGGAUGACCCUCUCGGGAGCCUAUGGGGCCUUGGUCAUUUUUGGCCAAGGCUACAGUAUUUGGUAUUGCCUGCUCUCCGCCAUCACCCUGGCCCUCGCCCUCGGCCUUGGCAUGGCAUUUUCCUGCAAAGUCCGGGUGACCGUCCUGCUGAUGCUGCCUCAGUUUUUUUCGAAAGAGGGCAAGAUGGUUCUUAUACUCCUGGCCUUCGGAAUGGCCAUGGAAGGACCCUUUGCCAACAUCAUCCGGAAUUUCAACCGGAGCGCCGACACCGUCUCGUGUGGUGCUGAACUGGCCCUCAACCAGACAGCGGAAAUGCUGCAGCGAGCCCGGGAACCCCUGAUCAAUGCCUUAAAGAAAAUCAAGGAUAUUGCCAAGAAAGCCAAAGUGGUUGGGGACCGUGUCCGAAAGCUUUUCCGGUCUGUCAUGGAUGCGGUGCGGCAUGUUGCCCAUUGCCUGCGCAACGUUUGGUACUUCCUUCUUCACUUGGGCGAUAUUUGCAACGAGGAGAUGGGUACCCCGUAUCGGAAGUGCGCCCGCCUUUUUGACAACGCCAAGGACGAGUGUGAACGGGUCAUUCCUUUCCUUUCCUUUCUCUGCCAUGUUGUCCUUCUCUUCAAAUAUCUCUGUGGGUUGGCUAACGUCCUCCUGGUUUUCUGCAUCAUUCCUCAGUACAUCGUGCCAUUUUUGCGUCGCAAGGUUGCCGAACCCAUCGUGGCCCUGCUCAAUCGCGUGCGGGCAGAGUUCGAGUUCAACAUCACCACCAUCCACCAGUACGACGUGAGCGUCAACGCCAGCAAGAAACUCUCCCAGGUAGCCUUCGACAUCAUGGAGGAAGUGUCCGAGCGUCUGCAACCGGCACGAGAAGCCGUGGGGCUCUUCGGCUACAUGUCCACCCUGGUCCUGCUCUACAUGUACAUUGGGGCUCUCUUGUACCGAAAGCAUUACUUGCACGAGGACAGUUUCGACAACAUCUAUAUCACCCAGCCCUUUCUCGAAAUGGAUGCCGUCCGGAGGAAGACCAAGAGGCCCAGCGUGCUACCCCUGUCGCCGAAGGAAAGCACCAGAUACAUCCGUCCAACCUCCCUCGUGUUACCGCGCAGGGAACAGAUUGCCUAUGCUCUGUCUCUGAUCUCCAUCUGCCGCCAGUUCAUCCUGGUCAUUCUUCUCAUUGUCGCCGACUUCUCGGUCUACUGGCUCUUCGACUUGGUGCGCUACCACCUGGUGGGCGAAAUCGUUGCUAGAGCCCCCGUGACAACCACGAUCAGCGUGAACGGUUCAGGCUAUACCAGUGAACUCUAUCGUGAUUUAGUCUCAGCCUUUGACGUGCUCCAGGAGGGAAAUAUCAGCGUGGUGUCCCCGAAAUGCCGUUUGCACCCAUCGGAGCCCGAUUACAACGGUUACCUUGUGAUCGGCCUCAUGUACGGUAUCUGUUUAUUCAGCGCCAUAUUUGGCACGUACAUACAACGUAUGCGGCGAGCUCUCUGCGCAUGGUAUUACCCUUCUCGGGAGCGGGAGCGAAUUUGCUACCUCUACAACACUAUUUUGACGCGAAGGACUAGGCUAACAACCGCUGUGCUUAAGGCUGUGCGGCAACGCUCUGCAGAUGAAGGCCACCGAAACAUUUUACUCAUCUUUGCAGCCAAGUUCCGUCUGUGUAGGUGGUUGGUUAAGAAGUUGGGCAUCCAUGAAGUGUAUUGUAUGGGCUGUGGGAUAAUCCACAGGGACGCGGACAGCGAGGACUUUGUGACAUGCAUCACACCAGCGUGCCGAGGAAUAUACUGCCCCGAAUGCUACAAGCUUCUCGACAACAUCUGUUCCAUCUGCAUGGCCCCGCUCACUUACCAGGGAGACAUGGAUGAGGAGAUGGAUUCGAGUGACGAGGAAGCUAUGGCUCUCUGGACUAAUGCUGUGCAUGCGCUGCGCGGGAUACCAGAUGAAAAACGGCAGAGACAGCGGCAGUUGUUGAAGGGACGGAUCGAGCGGGCUGUGAAAGGAAAAGGCGGGUGCCGCGCGUUGCCUCCAGAGCUGGCGAAGAAAAUCUUGGCCCAAUUGAAGGAGGAGGAGGAAGAGGAAGAGGAGGAGGAAGAUGGUAGCAGGAGUGAGGAGGAUUUAUCCUCCAGCUCAGACGAAAACAGCAGCACUUCCUCCAGUUCUGCCGCAAGCCAUCUUGACUUCAGCUAUCAGAAGGAGGCUGAGACAAGCAGCGGGGAGGAAUUGGAGGAAGUGAAAACCGACCGAAAACCUCACUCGAAGAAAGAUGCAAAGAGAAUCCGAAAGAAAUGAUGUUUCCCGUAGACUGAUAAACAAAAUGAUUCAACAGGACAAAAUAUAGCAUUAUUCUUUAAGCUCCUGAUGAUUCUGUGGAUCUUUCCGGAUUGGGUUUUUGGCAACAAUACAGAA